AUGCUGCAUGCAAAUCUCUGUGGAAAGGAAGAAAGCAGAAGUGGUCCUGAAUUAGUGGAAGAGGAAGAAGAUAGACAAGUAUAUGUAACGUAUGAGUCAUUGCUUUUAUCUUUACUAAAAACUCAUUCCAAUUGGCCAUGGUUGGUUGAGUUGCAACAUUCCGAAGCUCUCUCUACUCAUUUCUAUCAUGAAUUCUAUCUAAACUCAUGUCCUCUACACAAGCUAGUGAAGUUUAGUUCAAGAAAUAUAGCUGAAUAUUGGAAAAAAGUACCUGAAAUCUAUGUCCAAACACUUCUUCUUGAAUCUUGA